CUUUUAUAAACAAAGUACUCGCUUUCAUAUUGUACGCAUAACAGAAUCUUUCAAAAACCUCAUUUUUUUAUUAUUAAAUACCGUACAUCAUUUGAUGUCUCUUAUAAAUAAAGAUUUUGUUUGGGUCUGUUUUGCAAAGCAAUUAUUCCAAACAUUCAGCAUCUAAAUACCCAAGUGCAUUUCGUAUGCGAAAUACCCAAACAGAAUUUGCUUUGUUGCUAUAAUCUUCAAAAACUCAUUCUUGUCUCUUUUUCUAUUGAUUGUAUGGGUUUUAAAUCAAACACUAACACCAAGAAUUUUGUUCAUCCGUUCAUCUCGAAGCUACUACAACAUUUUCCUUCAUGUUUCUCAAGGGUCCUUUUAAGGUGACAGUUCCCAAUUUGCAGUCUUUAACGAAACCUUUUUUCAUAACAACUCCUAUUUUCUAUGUAAAUGCUGCACCCCAUUUAGGUCAUCUAUAUAGUUUGGUCUUGUGUGACUCAAUUGCUCGGUUUCAGAAGCUUUAUAGAACAGAUCGACCGGUGUUUAGCAGCACUGGCACGGACGAGCAUGGUUUAAAAGUGCAAACCGUUGCCCAAGAACUAAAUAAGCAUCCAUUGGACCUUUGUAAUACAAACUCACAACGAUUCAGGGAUUUGGCUGUCCUUGCGAAUACUCCAUAUAGCCAUUUUAUCCGGACGACAGACCACCAACACGCAACAGCUGUCAAGAACUUUUGGAAUCAACUAAAAGAAAAGAAUUAUAUUGAGUUUCAGCACCAUGAAGGUUGGUACUCUACGAGCGAUGAGACGUUUUAUCCCGAAUCAGCUCUUCAGUGGAUUGUGGACGAAGCGACAGGGAAGAAAACGCUAGUAUCGGUAGAAACAGGGAAACAGGUGCAAUGGUCCAGUGAAAUGAAUUAUCAUUUUAAGCUUACUUCCCUUCAAUCUCGUCUUAUUGAAUUAUACGAACAAGAACCCAGCUUUGUUCAGCCUUCCAUAUACCAUAGCCAAAUAUUGACAGAACUUAAAUCUGGGCUUCAAGACCUUAGCAUCUCCAGACCACGCUCUCGCUUAUCUUGGGGAAUCCCCGUUCCGAAAGAUGACUCCCAAACUAUUUAUGUUUGGUUAGAUGCUUUAGUUAACUAUCUUACUGUUACUGGAUAUCCCUGGAUUUCAUCAGAUCAUGUGAAUGGAGGAUGGCCAGCUGAUGUUCAUAUAAUAGGUAAAGACAUCAUUCGCUUUCAUUGUAUUUAUUGGCCUGCUUUUCUUAUGGCAGCUGGGCUUCCUUUACCGAAACAAAUCCUUGUUCAUUCACAUUGGACAAUGAAUAAAAUGAAAAUGUCAAAAUCACUUGGAAACGUCGUGAAUCCUUUUACGCUUAUACAGAAUUAUGGGGAAGAGAUUGUCAAAUACUAUCUGUUGAAGCAAGGAAGACUGACUUCGGAUUCUAAUUUUGACAUACAAGGACUAGAAAAAGACUACGAGCACGAUUUAAGAAGAAAUUUUGGUGUUCUCACCUCCAGAAUUCAAUCUAAAAAAUUAUAUGUAACUGAAGAAACUCAAAAAGAAUGGCCAUCCUUAUUUCAAAGAGAAAAAUAUCAAGAGUUUGUGAAUCACCUAUCUCAACUUCCAGACGCUUGUGCUGCUUGUGUGCACCAAGGACAAGUGUUUAAUUUGAUUGAAAACAUACAAAAUACUUUGCGUUCCAUCACUAAGUUACUUCAAGAAAGUGAGCCUUGGAAUUUGGACAGCAACUCGUCCACCCGAACAGACAUUCUGAUGCUCACAGCUCAUACGCUACGUAUAUGUGCUAUUCUUUUUCAAAGCAUUAUGCCAAAAAAAUCCGAAGAACUUUUGGACCAAUUGGGUGUUGCUAAAGAAAGUCGCAGCUUCCAUGAUGCGAAGGAUACCUUCAUCGCUACUCAAUUUAAUCUCGGAAAAAAACAAAAGAAUCAUUUAUUUCAAAAAAGACACUAGCAUUCAUUAUAAAUUUAUCAUUAUCCGAAACUUUAAUCAAAAGGCUAAGAAGAUAUCCCAAAUUUCCCAUACGUCUACCUGAUUAUUGUUAUUAUCAAACAUUUGGCGUAGUCAGUUCAGAACUGUCUAAUUUUCUGGGGAAUACUAACGCCUGUACGUCCAAGUUCCUCAAGUUAAUCAAUGUUAUAAUGCCAGUUUUACGGAACUCUGGAACAGACACGAGUCGGAUGGAUUUUGUCUCACUAUUAAUAAUUUUCGUUCCAAAUUUUGGUUGAUUUCCACAUAAAUAAAGAUUUGGCAAUUCGUCCAUAACGAAGGUAUCUCGAUCAGUAAAGGGAUAGCACCCUAAAUUUUAAAAGUUAGUAAUAUAAGAAAAUAAAAAAGUAAGAGAGA